AUGAUCACUCGUCUAAGUGAUCCUAUAAAAUGGACAUGAGCUUCUUAACCCAUGUUUUUCUUUACAGCUAACCCUUGGGGUUUGUUUGAGAGACAAGAUUUCUCAUUUGACAGUAGUAAGAGAUUUACCUUCUUUGUCUUUCUCAUCAUCUCAAUCCCCAAUCCUUUGUCUUAAGGAUAUUUAUUUGAAAUUAGGGUUAGGAGGGUGAGGAAUUUCUCUGGGUUUUUUUUUUUUUAACUUUCUUUCAAAGAGAACCCAAAACAAAUAACACCAGAAACUUAUUUGUCUCUUGAUCUUCCCACCCGCGUCAAAGUUUAUUAUAAAUCUAACAAUUUUGUAUAAAUUCUACAUACAUUUCGUGUUUUUCGAUUUUUACUUUUGUAGAUUUCUAAGUUUGUGUAAUAAUUGAUAUACAAUUUACAUGUAAACGGUGAAGAAAAGAAAAAAGAUAACUUAGGUAUACUUUUGAUAGUUGUUUGAUUUUUCUUAUCUGUGUUUUUGUUUGGGAAAAUUAAUCGUAUUUUUCUGGGGAAAUUUUAGUAUUUUUGGUUUAGAAUAUGGACAAGAAAAGGGUUACUGUUCCUCUUGUUUGUCAUGGUCAUUCUCGCCCCGUGGUGGAUCUGUUUUAUAGUCCAAUUACGCCAGAUGGGUUCUUCCUCAUUAGUGCUAGCAAAGAUUCUAAACCAAUGCUUAGAAAUGGGGAAACUGGAGAUUGGAUUGGAACUUUUGAGGGUCACAAAGGAGCUGUUUGGAGCUGUUGUUUAGACAGUAAUGCUUUAAAUGCAGCAACAGCUUCUGCAGAUUUCACCGCGAAAGUAUGGGAUGCCAUAACUGGAGAUGUGAAGUAUUCGUUUGAUCACAAGCACAUUGUUAGAUCCUGUGCUUACUCUGAGAAUACUCACUUUCUUUUGACUGGUGGGAUGGAAAAAAUCCUUCGUAUUUAUGAUUUAAAUCGUCCAGAUGCUCCUCCUCGAGAAGUGGACAAGUCUCCUGGCUCAGUCAGAACUGCUGCCUGGCUUCAUAGCGAUCAGACUAUAUUGAGCUCAUGUACUGACAUUGGUGGAGUUAGAUUAUGGGAUGUGAGAACUGGUGAGAUUGUUAGAACUCUUGAAACAAAGUCCCCUGUUACUUGCUCUGAAGUGAGUCAAGAUGGCCGCUAUAUCACAACCUGUGAUGGUACCAGUGUAAAGUUUUGGGAUGCCAAUUACUUUGGAAUGGUCAAGGGCUAUGAUAUGCCAUGUCUUGUUGAAUCCGCCUCAUUAGAGCCCAAGUAUGGAAAUAAAUUCGUUGCUGGAGGGGAAGAUAUGUGGGUUCGGUUGUUUGAUUUUCAUACUGGUGAAGAGAUAGCUUGCAACAAGGGUCAUCAUGGUCCUGUUCACUGCGUGCGAUUCUCACCAGGCGGUGAAUCUUAUGCUUCUGGAUCAGAGGAUGGAACCAUCAGGAUAUGGCAGACUGGUCCAUUGACACCAGAAGAAAACGAGACGGCUACAGCAACCGGAAAAGUUAAAGGGGCUGGUGCACAUGAAGUUUCGCAGAAGAUGGAAGGCUUUCACAUUACGGACGAAGGAAAGGGGAAGGAAGAUGGAGUAACAAGUGCAUGAGAAUUUCACAACCGCGAUCUCCAAAUAUGCAUUAAAAAACUUAAAUGUCCUGUGAUGUCUAAUUUAUUCUGUGAUGGUGGUUCCCUUUAAUACUAAGUACUGAGUACUGAGUACUGAGUACUGAGUACUGAGUACUGACUGGGGUAUCUUCACUCUUCACUAAUAAGAAUUGCUGUUUGACUUUCAAUCGGCUACUUUUACUUGCAUUAUCAUUUCAUAUUUUCUCUCAUAAAUGAAAAAUGAUUAGAUCAUAUUUUAAGUAUAAA